AUGGCACCCCAGAACGAGAAGAGCUCGUUGAAACGUGGGAGAGUGAGCUUGGAUAGCCAGGCACAGGACCCCAAGAAGCCGCGACGACGAUCACAACGUAUCUCUUCACAAGUCACUGCAAACAUCGGAGCGACGCCCGUCGAGAAGACCUACCUUCCAACCCCAUUGACGCACCACAACUCGACCGCUACAGAUCUCCAUAAAGACUUGACUGCGACCCCCGAGGGACGCCAUACUCCUGCAUCUGAAGUCUUCUCAUCUCCCCCGGGAGACACACAGGCGCUUUCCCAAUUCGUCUAUCCUCCUCGUGCAUUUGCUGAUGAUGUGGAGGAUGAGGCUAGCGAGGGCGUUUGGGGCUAUUUAAUCCCCCUCGACGCUCAAUCCAGCAAGCCGUUAGUUCUAAAGAAGAGAAACAAUUGUGAAACAAGCCCAUGCACCAAACCAGCUGCGCCGAAAACAGCCACGCCAAACAAGAGUACCAAAUCGCAGUCGAAACCACUCAAGAAGCCUGAGGGCAAAGACUCUCCAGCAUUGCCUCCGAGCGGAUAUCUGAUUGGCCGACACCCAGAAUGCGAUCUUAUUCUCGAUAUCCCAACUAUCUCAAAUCGCCACUGCUUAAUCUUUAAUGAAGCUAGAGACGGCGACAUCGUGGCUGUGCUCGAGGACCUCUCCAGCAAUGGAACCUUCGUCAACGACGCCAUCCUAGGUCGCAACAAACACCGAGAACUCGAAGAUGGCGACGAGGUCACGAUUCUCGACGAGGCUAGAUUUGUGUUUCGUUAUCCUCGGACGAGAGACACCAAUGGUUUCCGCCAGCAGUACAAAAUGCUUCAACAACUCGGCAAAGGCCAUUUUGCCACUGUGUAUCUUUGCGUUGAGCGAGCAACUGGUACAAAAUAUGCUGUCAAGGUCUUUGAACGACGCCAUAGUGAAUCUCAGAAAUCCCAAGCGGAUACCCUUCAACAAGAGAUUGCCUUGUUGAUGAGCGUUAAUCAUCCGAAUGUCUUGUGUCUAAAAGAUACCUUUGAUGAACGGGACGGGGCAUACUUGGUUUUGGAGCUGGCACCUGAAGGUGAACUCUUUAACUACAUUGUUUCUAACCAAAAGCUAUCCGAGAGCGACACCCGAAAGGUAUUUGUUCAAUUGUUCGAGGGGCUAAAAUAUCUGCAUGACCGGGGCGUUGUGCACCGUGACAUAAAGCCUGAAAAUAUCCUUUUAGCGGACAAGGGAUUGACUGUGAAACUAGCGGAUUUUGGACUUGCCAAAAUCAUUGGUGAGGAUUCGUUCACUACUACAUUGUGUGGGACUCCGAGCUAUGUCGCACCUGAGAUUUUGGACGAGUCUCGGCAUCGGCGUUACACAAAGGCUGUGGACAUCUGGUCCUUGGGUGUGGUUCUUUAUAUUUGCCUCUGCGGAUUUCCGCCCUUUUCAGACGAGCUAUAUACGCCAGAAAGCCCCUACAGCCUGGCACAGCAGAUUAAGAUGGGCCGCUUUGAUUACCCAUCACCUUACUGGGACUCUGUUGGAGAUAUCGCUUUAGAUCUGAUUGAUCGGAUGCUGACAGUCAACGUCGACAAGCGAAUUACAGUGGAUGAAUGCCUGGAGCAUCCUUGGCUUACUGGCAAAUACCCAAGCGUCAAUGAUAGCACGGACGGUUUGACCGGUGCGAUGGACAACCUGGACUUCUCCAAACGUAAAAUUGAACGGGAGCGCACAUUACUUAGUUCCGUCAAUGAUGUCGAAGUCGGCACGAUUGUGGAAGACGAAGAUUCACAGGUCAAAGUUUUCCGGAAGAAUGCUGCAGGGAAGCGCGUCCACAAUCACGCCGGCCAGGCGAAAAAACGUCGCGAGCCCUCUCCUGCUGCUCAUCGGCCUGCCGCUGAGUUUGUCAACAUGGGUGGCCGUGGAGAUCCUGUUUUGUUUGAAGAAGACCCGGAUAGUCGUUAUCCUCAACAGCCUAGUCCCGCCAACGCUAAGGCCAAAAGCGGACUAGCCGCGUUUCCACCCAGGAGGCGACCACGAUUUCUUGCAAUCGCUCGACACCCUCGCUCCCUCGCUCCCUCGGUUUAUGAAGCCUCAACGCUGACCGAUUGCUUCCCUGAUCUCUUCCCCUCGUGUGUCUAUCGAUCACUUCUCUGCAUCAUGGGGCUUUUCGCCGCCAUUCUCGAUCGUUUCUGCGAGCAAUGCUCCACGCAAUCUGUCUUCGUUGUCGCCGGGCUGGGUUUCCUGACUCUGAUUGUGCUGUCGGUCUUGACCAACGUCCUGGUCCAGCUGUUGUUCAAGAAUCCAAAUGAGCCUCCCGUUGUCUUCCACUGGUUCCCCUUCAUUGGCAGCACCGUCACCUAUGGUAUCGACCCUUACAAGUUUUUCUUCAAUGCCCGCAAGAAGUAUGGCGAUAUUUUCACCUUUAUUCUGCUGGGAAAGAAAACCACGGUGUUUUUGGGUACCAAGGGCAACGACUUUAUCCUAAAUGCGAAGCUGCGUGACGUGUGCGCCGAAGAGGUCUACUCUCCGUUGACUACACCUGUCUUUGGCAAGCACGUCGUAUACGACUGCCCCAACGCCAAAUUGAUGGAGCAAAAAAAGUUCGUCAAAUUCGGACUCACCUCAGAUGCUCUCCGGUCCUACGUUCAACUCAUCACAAAGGAAGUUAAUGAUUUCGUGAAGUCCUCUAGCGCUCUCCAGAGCCAACAGGGUGCCCUGGACGUGUGCAAGACCAUGGCAGAAAUUACUAUUUACACUGCUUCCCGAUCUCUACAAGGAAAGGAGGUGCGAGACAGGUUUGAUUCGACCUUUGCCGACCUUUACCACGAUCUCGACAUGGGAUUCGCUCCCAUCAACUUCAUGCUUCCGUGGGCACCACUUCCGCACAACCGUAAGCGUGACCGCGCCCAGCAGAAGAUGGCUGAGACAUACAUGGAAAUCAUCAAGGCGCGUCGCGAGGCCGGAGGACAGAAGGACUCUGAAGACAUGGUUUGGAAUUUGAUGUCCUGUGUCUACAAAAACGGUACACAAGUUCCCGAUGUCGAGGUCGCUCACAUGAUGAUUGCCCUCCUCAUGGCCGGUCAACACUCAUCGUCCUCUACCAUCUCAUGGAUCGUCCUUCGUCUGGCCUCACGCCCUGACAUCACCGAACAAUUGUACCAGGAACAGCUCAAGGUGCUAGGAUCUGACCUUCCUCCAAUCACCUUUGAGGACUUGCAGAAACUGGAGCUACAGGCAAGUGUGAUUAAAGAGACCCUUCGUUUGCACGCCCCCAUUCAUUCCAUCAUCCGUGCUGUGAAAAACCCAAUGCCCGUGGAAGGGACUGGCUAUGUCAUUCCUACCACUCACAACGUUCUUUCGUCGCCCGGUGUAACUGCUCGAUCGCCCGAGCAUUUCCCUAACCCUCUGGAAUGGGACCCUCAUCGCUGGGACGAUGUCAAGAACACAGAAGAUGAUGAGCAGGUUGACUAUGGUUAUGGUUUGACUAGCAAGGGUGCAGGAAGCCCCUACCUUCCCUUUGGUGCUGGACGUCAUCGCUGCAUCGGUGAGCAAUUUGCCUAUGUGCAACUGGGCGCCAUCACCGCUGCAUUGGUGAGACAGUUCAAGUUCCGAAAUGCGCCCGGCGUCGACAAAAUCCCAGAGACCGACUACUCUUCCCUUUUCUCAAAACCUUGGGCCAACUCAAUCAUCGAGUACGAAAGACGUAACCCAGCCACUAAAGCUUAA